AUGUCAACGGCCGUACAAUCCCACUCUCACUCGACGAUCGACCUACUCGAGUCCGAACUGGUCAAGGCCCGCGCCACUCUACAGGAAGUCCACCCCAAUGUGACUCAAUUGCGCCUCCGGGAUGAAAUGGCCGCCAGCGCCCUAGCCGCCUAUCGCCAGGAACUCCUCGGCCACGCUCCUGAUUUCUAUGGUUCUCGCCGUCUAACCCUGAAGGAACUAGGUCUCGCGCCCGUGGUGCACGAAUUAGAGACCAUCCCCCGGCGCGCGACACUGGAAGAUGUGCUAUCGAAUAGCCUGAUUCUCGACCGAACGGCCCCUUACUUGUCCGUGCCGUCUCUGAUGGCCCUGGCGUCGACCUCGCGGCUGCUGCAGAACAUGCUCACCCAUACUCCAUAUAUAUUCCGGCACCUCGAUCUCACCCGCUGCCAGGGUGCCCAGUUGUCGGCAUCGCAGGACGAGUCGCAGACAGAGGACGAGGUAUACUCGGCCCCGUUGAGGCGGAUUUUUGCCAGCCUCGAGAAGAGAUCUAUACUACAGGAUGUGCGGACGCUGGUCCUGGACGGCUUGCCUGUGCCUGCUGACCUCGUGGCCGAUAUAAUCCGCACCGACCGCUUCAACGUUAAUAUUCUGUCCAUUCGAGAUUGCCAGCAUCUCAACGAGCGCAAGCUCAUGCAAGUCAUCCAGCAUGCCGUUCGGCCGACCCGUCCAGCAGGGACCCCGCGAGUCAAGGCCAUCUACUACUUCUCGCCUAUGCCAUCGCCGCCGCGGGCAACGGCCCGGCGCCGAUAUCGAGAUUGGUGGGGAGAUCGCAUGGGUUCUCGGAGUCCCAGCCAAACCCGAUCGGACAGCUCCUCCGACCAGGAAGAAAAGAGGCACUUCGAGACACUACAGAACCCACGACAGCUACAGAAUGAGUGGUAUCGAUCGUCAGGGAAGCUCUUCAAACAUAGCCUCGAAGAGGGAUGGGCCCGGACAGUACAAAAAGCCGAAGGCAUCAUUGCUUUUGAUGCCGUGCUCUGUCGCGGUCCACGACACAAUAUCGAACUGUAUUCCUCGGACGCAGAAGACCCUCCCCAGGGGCCCCUGUUGAGCCCUGCUAUUGCCACGGUGGCUUUAGGGCCUCGAGGAUGUGAUGGUUGCCACAGUUCCCCCGAGGGGCCAGCCAUCUGGGGCCAGUCGCCGGAUGUGCAGUUCCCUCUGCUCAGCCCGCUGCCCCUACACUUGUCCAGCGUUGCUGCCGCCCAGAGCCCGGAGCUGAUUGACGGCGAGCAUCCGGUACUCAUUGCUCGGUGCGCGGAUUGCCUGACCGACCGCUGGUGUCACCGGUGCAACAAAUGGUUCUGUUCCAACUGUCUACCCUCACCGCAGCGCAUCCGGGUCACCUUGUCGCCUCACCAGACAGCGGUUCGACCGGCCCAAAACCGGAAUGGGGAGAUGGUUCCUCUGGAAAGAGAGUGCGCGGCGUGCAAGUUGGACUGCCAGCAUACCUGUCAGAACUGUCAGGGCGACUACUGCAUUGAGCACAACACUGGCUGCUCGGCCACACAGGUAUGA